AUGUCCUGCUCCAGCCUGUGCGUCCCUUCCUGUGGGGUGGCCGCCCCGGCCCCCCUGGCUGACACCGCCAACGAGCCCUGCGUGCGGCAGUGCCCCGACUCCACGGUGGUGAUCCAGCCCCCGGCCUCGGUGGUCACCUUCCCCGGGCCCAUCCUCAGCUCCUUCCCGCAGUACAGCGUUGUUGGCUCAGCGGGAGCCCCCGGCGUUGGAGGGGGCUACGGCGGCACUUUUGGAGGCCGUGGUGGUUUUGGAGGCUAUGGGGGCUAUGGAGGCCUUGGGGGCUAUGGAGGCCUUGGGGGCUAUGGGGGCUAUGGGGGCUAUGGAGGCUAUGGAGGCUAUGGUCUUUCUGGGGGCUACGGAGCUUUUGGGAGCUGUGGAUAUGGGGGCUGGCGGCGAGGCCACAGGUACCUGAGUGGCAACUGUGGGCCCUGCUAA